AUGUCGACAAUUAAAAAAGCAGUUGAUCUUUCAAGAGCAAAGGUUAUCAAAACUACACCUUUAGACAACACCAAUUCUAAGUUUAUAUCUCUUAGUAAGUUGGAUUAUAUUGGUGCCGAUGGUAAGGCACGGGAUUGGGAGAUGGCUGCACGUACAACAAGACCAAAGGGAAAAGAUAUUGAUGGCGUUGGUAUUCUUGCAAUUACAAAGCCACACAAAGCGGGAGAAAUUCCACACAUCAUUCUUCAGAAACAGUUCAGACCACCUGUGGAAGGAGUAUGCAUUGAGAUGCCUGCUGGACUUUUGGAUCCAAACGAAACUGUUGAGCAAUGUGCAUUAAGAGAAUUGAAAGAGGAAACGGGUUUGAUUGCUACCAUUAAAUCAGUUUCUCCAAAGAUUUUCAACGAUCCAGGGUUUACUAAUACGAACACUGUGAUUAUCACAGUAGAAGUGGAUAUGUCAUUGGAUGAAAAUAUCCACCCAGUCACCCACUUAGAGGAGAAUGAGUUCAUUGAAACUUUCCAGGUGCCUCUUGAUAGGUUUUAUGAAACUCUGGUUGAUCUGGAGCAAAGUGGCUUUAGAAUUGAUGCAAGGGUUCAAAAUGUUGCUGAAGGUAUGAAACUAUAUAAAACAUUGGGUUUAUGA